AUGUGUGGAAUUUUUGCGUAUCUUAAUUAUCUUAAUGUUAAGGAUAGGAAAACGAUUAUUGAUAUCCUUAUAAGUGGAUUAUCUCGUCUAGAAUACCGUGGUUAUGACUCGGCAGGUUUGGCCGUGGAUGGCGAUAGUGAAACUGAAGUAAUUCUCUUCAAACAAGUUGGAAAGGUUGCCGCCUUGAAAAAAUUAGUGUCGGAGCAAAAUGUUGAUUUUGAAAAAGAGUUUGUUAACCACUGUUCUAUGGCUCAUACUCGUUGGGCUACUCACGGUCAACCUUCAACGACGAAUUCUCAUCCUCAUCGCUCUGAUCCAAAGAAUGAAUUCACCGUGGUUCACAAUGGCAUUAUCACCAAUUAUAAAGAAUUAAAGACACUUCUGGAACAUAAAGGCUAUCAUUUUGAAUCUGAUACCGAUACUGAAGUUGUUGCUAAGUUUGCAAAGUAUUUGUAUGAUACUCGAAAUCCUCAUCAAAACUUAAGUUUCACCGCGCUUGUCAAGGAUGUUGUCAAGAAAUUGAGUACUCAUUAUCCACAUGAAAUGGUAGCCACACGACGCGGUUCUCCUCUCUUAGUUGGUGUUAAAACUGCGAAAAAAUUAAAAGUAGAUUUUGUGGAUGUCGAAUUUGGUGCAGAUUCAGGAGGCCUAUUGUCUCCUAAUGAUGCAGUACCAAAACUCAGACAUAGUCAAUCGCGCACUUUUCUUAGCGAGGAUGGACUUCCUCAACCUAUUGAAUAUUUCCUUGCGUCUGAUCCUUCCGCUGUUGUAGAACAUACAAAGCGUGUCCUCUAUCUUGAAGAUGACGAUAUUGCUCACAUUAGUGAAGGAGCUGUUCGUUCUAUCCAAACCUUGGAGUUAGAACUGGCCAAAAUCAUGAAAGGUUCUUUUGAUCACUUUAUGCAGAAGGAAAUUUUCGAACAACCAGAGUCAGUGGUCAAUACUAUGCGUGGUCGUGUCAACUUUGAUAGUCAUAAGACCCGGGCUAUUUUCGAAGAAUUAACGGAGAUUCCUGUUUCUGUUGAGUUAGCUAGUGAUUUCUUGGAUAGAAAGACUCCUAUCUUCAGAGAUGAUGUUUGUGUAUUUGUAUCACAGUCUGGAGAGACAGCAGAUACCAUUCUUGCUUUACGGUAUUGUCUAGAACGGGGUGCUCUUUGCCUCGGUAUAACAAAUACUGUUGGUUCAACAAUUUCACGUGAAACACAUUGCGGUGUCCACAUUAAUGCUGGUCCUGAAAUUGGUGUUGCAUCUACUAAGGCGUAUACUUCUCAAUUUAUUGCUUUAGUGAUGAUGGCUAUUCAAUUGAGCGAAGAUCGUACAUCCAUGACACAGAGACGAAAUGAGAUUAUUGAUGAACUUAAGAAGCUACCAGAAUAUAUCAAACAAGUUCUCAAGAUGGAUAAAGAACUACAAGAACUUGCUAGAAAUGAUCUUAAUAAAGAAAAAAGUCUCUUGAUUAUGGGUCGUGGUUUCCAAAAUGCUACUUGUUUAGAAGGGGCUUUAAAGAUAAAGGAAGUUUCAUAUAUGCAUUCUGAAGGUAUUUUGGCUGGUGAAUUGAAACAUGGACCUUUGGCUCUUAUCGAUUCAGAUAUGCCUGUUAUUCUUAUUAUGACUAAGGAUUCUUUAUAUCCGAAAGUGCAAAGCGCUCUUCAACAAGUCACAGCUCGUAAGGGUAAACCAAUUAUUAUCUGCAAUGAGGGCGAUGACGGUAUAGAAGUUCAAUAUGUGAAAAUUCGUAUACCUCAAACUGUAGAUUGUCUACAAG